AUGUACACCGCCGAAUGUCCACCUUCGAACGCUAUAAAAUUGAAAGAGGAACAGUCAGAUUCGGAAGAAGUUUACGACGAUACUUGCAGCCUGUUUCUAUCUCGUUUUCCUGAUUAUCCGAACCCAGCUCUGAAUAAUGAAAUCAGUUUAGAUGUUGUAGCACAUGAACUUAGUGUGGAAAGAAGAAGAAUCUAUGAUAUUGUAAAUGUCUUGGAAAGUGUUGAAAUUGUUAGUAGGUUUGCCAAAAAUAAAUACAUCUGGCAUGGAAAAGUGAAACUACUCGAUACAUUAACAAAACUUAGAAAUUUGGGUGAAACUGAAAACUAUGCCAGUCAAAUACAGCAUCUCAAGAAAAUGCAAGAGGAGAGAGAGUUCAACUUUGGGGAGGAUCUCAAAUCGAAAAAGGAACCACUACAUCCAACAGAAUCUGAAAAUAUGCCAUUAAGAUUUUGUAACUCCAAAGAUGGGCUGGAAAAAUUCAAUAAUCGGAAAGACAAAUCUCUUGGUGUGAUGAGCCAGAAGUUUAUUAUGUUGUUUCUAGUCUCUAAGACAAAAGUUGUGUCAUUAGAUAUCGCAGCUAGAAUACUUAUCGGCGAUAUUAAUUAUGAAAUUAACGAAAACUCAAAGUUUAAAACGAAAAUUCGAAGACUUUACGAUAUAGCUAAUAUAUUAACAAGUUUAAACCUCAUUAAGAAGGUGCACGUGACGGAGGCUAGAGGUAGAAAGCCAGCAUUUAAAUGGGUCGGUCCGGAACCAGGGACCGGAAUGUCAAACGGUACGUAAUCAGUGUUCUCCCCAGCAUUCAAUUUGUGUGCGGGGCCGCCACGCUGCUUUUCCUGCCCGCCACUGGUCCCGAGCCGCUACGGUGAUAAGUAAGACCGCCACAGUGCUUUUUUCAUUGUUCAUCCUGUGAACUGUAUUACGAAAUAUAGAAAGAAAUACGUAGCUAUCAGGAAUUUUGUCACGCUUCCGACCAGGACUAUUGUCCGACGUACCG